UAUCAAGCAUUAUCAUUUUAAUAUAAUUCAGGAUUAACAUAGAAAAAAAAAAGAUAACAAUAAUCUUAUAUAAACAUUGGAAGGUAAGUGCUCUUAGCCAGUUAUUUUGCGUCAAAAUGAGAGCGUUCGUUCUUCUAGCUAUUUUGGGAGCCGCCCUGGCGGCGCCCCAGGCCGUGCAGCGCAUCGUCGGAGGUGAAGACACCCUCAUCCAGGACUACCCGUUCUUCGUGAACGUGAAUGCGGGCGGUCUCGGCAUCUGGGUGCUCCACUGCGGGGGCUCGCUCAUCUCCGAGGCCGUAGUCCUGACUAGCGCCGGAUGCUUGCAAAACUACUUCGCGUUCUUCCUGCGCGUGAGGGUCGGCAGCUCAGCCCACGCCAGCGGCGACAUCAUCGAGGUGGAAGACUUCAAGCAGCACGAGAGGUGGAACUCUCCCAUUUACGAGAACGACGUUGGUCUGAUCUUCUUGAAGACCCGCGCUGAGCUGUCCGAGAAUGUCGGCCUCGCCCGCAUUCCCGGAGCCUCUUACACCAUCGCUGAUGACACCGCCGUCACCGCCAUCGGCUUUGGUGAUCUGAGUGCGGACUCUUCCUCCAACCCUGACAUCCUCCAGAGCGUGGAGCUCUUCGUCAUCAACGAGGCCGAAUGCGCUCGCCGCUACGCCUACCUACAGACUCAGCCUGGACAAGAGAACACCCCUGCUGUCACCUCGGCUAUGAUCUGCACUGGUGUCCUGGACCAGGGCGGCAAGGACUUCUGCGAUGGAGACGAGGGUGGCCCCGUGGUGGUUGAGAAGGACAUUGUCAUUGGUGUCGCGUCUUGGCGCUACAAGUGUGGUGAUGCCGCCUUCCCCAGCGUUAACACCAGGGUGUCUACCUACACCGACUGGAUCCUUUCCAACUCCGGAUUGAACUAAAGUUCGUUGUUUGGAAAAUAAAUGUUUUGUGAAAUG